AUGUGGCGUACCAUACACACGGUGCAGCAGAGUGCCGUGCGAUCGUCGCAUCUACUUAGGCGAUGGGCAUCAAGCAACACAGCAUUGGCACAAAACACAACAGCACACGCACGUAUAUCGCACCACAAAGAUGUUAGGUUGAAAGUAGGAGAGACUGUGAACGAAUUCACAAUCAAAGGUACGGAGAGCAUACCUGAGCUUAGUUUGACUGCUGGUCAGCAUGUGCAUGAUAAAACCGGUGCAGUAGGCUUACAUAUUGCCAGAGCGGAUGACAACAAUGUGUUCAGCAUAGAAUUCCGCACACCACCCGAAGACAGCAGCGGUGUCACACACGUGUUGCAACACGUAUCUCUGUGCGGCUCGGAGAAGUAUCCCUGCCGAGACCCGUUCUUCAAUAUGUUGUCCAGGUCUAUGGCUACCUUCAUGAAUGCCUGGACGGCCAGUGACUAUACCAUGUAUCCCUUAUCCACGCAGAACGCUAACGACUACAACUACCUGCUGGACGUGUACUUGGAUGCGGUGCUACACCCCAGCAUUCGCGAGAGGUCAGACUCUCGAGGAGGAGAUUCAGACGGCUGGGACACAGAUGAUUACCUGCGUGAAUUGCGAAAGUUGGCGGCUGAAUUCCAGGAAUACAAAUACCGGAAGAAGACCGGCAAACGAAAAUUUACGGUGGAAGAGAAGUCUGAGAGUUCUAAUGGAGACGAGAUUCAAUCAUCGCCGGAAUUUGAAGAACCAGACUCGUCAGGACCAGAUUACUUGCCGCCAUCGGCCAAGCAGUCGAGGACAUCGACGACAGUGACGACUCGCAAGAAGGCAUGA